AUGGCUGGGAAUUCAGAACUCACUGGAAAUCAAGGAAACGGUGAAAAUAAAGUGAAACCUGCUGGAGGAAUUCACAUCCGGAAUGUAAAAGUUGCUCCAUUAGACCCAUCCCAACAGACAACUUCUGGGCCCGCCCACAAGUCGGCAUGGGAUAAAGUGAAAGUCAGAUACAAGGAGGGUAAGGGGGCAUCAACAGAAACCAGAAUAGAGCACUUACAAAACGAACAACAAAAAAUAUCAAAGUGCUUAGAUAUUUCCUCAGUGUCAGAAGUGCUGAGGUCCAAAAAAUUCACAGACCCCAAGCUGGAGAGACUCUACCAGAGGUAUUUCUUCAAACUUAACCAGAACAAUUUGACAAUCCUGAUGGGAGUUUUGAGUGUUGUGAGUGUCCUUUUAAUUAUUUUUUAUUACAUCAGUGGUGCUACUCUUCCAGCGAGGGGGAUCAACUUGGGUAUCAUUUUCUUUGCUUUGGUUGUGCUACAAGUCGUAUGUAACAAAGGGUCUUUUGACCAGCAACAAAUGGUGAUUGUUUCGUACAUCAUUCUAGCGCUUAUUUGUGGGAUUACGAUUUUGAUAACUCUUGAUAGUGACCCUCGGACAGUGAGCGAUGGAGUUUGGUGUACAGUUAUUUUUAUAUACCUCAUAUACACCAUGCUUCCGAUAAGAAUGCGAAUGUCUGUUAUUUCCGGAUUUCUUGUAGCGUUGAUUCAUUUGGGAUGCACUUUAGGUCGAAAUAUAGGUGAUUCCUUUAUAUGGAAACAGCUGCUGAGUAACAUCCUUAUAUUUGUUUCUGUAAAUGUUGCUGGAAUUUUUACCCACUACCCAACAGAGCAAGCGCAAAGGCAAGCGUUCUUAGAGACCAGGCGCUGCAUUGAGGCCCGAUUGACCACACAAAGAGAGAACCAAGAACAGGAGAGACUUUUAUUAUCAGUGUUACCAAGGCAUGUUGCCAUGGAGAUGAAAGCAGACAUCGCUGGAAACACGAAAGAUACCAUGUUUCAUAAAAUUUACAUACAGAGGCAUGAGAAUGUAAGUAUCUUGUUUGCUGACAUGUGCGGGUUCACCCAACUGUCCUCUCAGUGUACUGCCCAGGAGCUUGUGCAACUGCUCAAUGAACUGUUUGCCCGAUUUGACCGCUUGGCCGCAGACAACCACUGCCUGAGGAUUAAGAUCCUGGGAGACUGUUAUUACUGUGUUAGUGGACUUCCUGAGCCCCGCCCUGACCACGCCCAGUGCUGUGUGGAGAUGGGACUGGACAUGAUUGAUGCCAUCUCGUUAGUGAGGAAUGUGACAGGGGUGGAGGUCAAUAUGAGGGUGGGAAUUCACAGUGGGCGUGUCCAUUGUGGGGUCAUAGGUCUCAGGAAGUGGCAGUUUGAUGUCUGGUCCAAUGAUGUGACUCUAGCCAACAACAUGGAGGCAGGUGGCGUUCCAGGGAGAGUUCACAUUACCAAGGAAACCUUACACUGUCUCCAUGGAGAAUACGAUGUAGAACCAGGAAGUGGAGCAGAUAGAAACGCCUUCAUUAAGGAGAACAAGAUCGAGACAUUUCUAAUCGUCGCUGAUCCACAUAAAACCAGGGAAAAACCCAAGACACUGCCAAACAUGAGAAGUAGAAACUCUUUAGCCAUUCAUGGAACAUCCAAAGAUAUGAAACUCAUGGGGUACAAUAACGAUAGGAAUGCCAACAUACAUAACAAGCUGGGAUUUGGAGACAACAUGGAAACCAAGGAUCCAGAUGAGGAGGUCAAUGAAUAUCUCGGCCGAGCCAUCGAUGCUCGAAGCAUCGACCGACUCCGAUCAGAACAUGUCAAAGUUUUUCCGCUCAAAUUCUUGAAGCCUGAUCUAGAAGAAAAGUUUCACAGAGUCCGUGAUACCAUGUUUGUAUCACAUCUGGCUUGUAAUCUUAUCUUGCUCAUCUUAAUAUGUGCCAUUCAACUUGUCAUUAUUCCUCAUUCCAUUAUAAUGAUCAUUCUCUUUCCAUUCACUGUCACCAUUAGCACAUUUCUAGUCCUCUUGGUGUUCUGUGAAAAAUUUACGUGUACACCUAGGGUAUUACAGAGAGUCGCCACCACGAUUGCCAUCCAUAAGUGGUUGAACGAGCUUGUUUAUGUACUAGCUGUCAUGUGCCUGUAUGUUAGUGCCUUCACUUCUAUGGUCAUGUUAGAUACAAGUGAUUUAGUAUCUUGUCUACAGAAUCUUUACAAUGUAGAAAACAUCAACAUUUCACUGAUUAUUCUUGCCAACAUAUCUAUGGGAGUAGAAGUGAAUGUUUGUCACCCUACUGUAGCUACCUCACAUUUCCCAGAAUAUUUUAGUUUUUGUGUGGUACUGUCCAUGGUGUCCUGUGCUGUAUUCGUCCACAAUAGCAGCUUGAUAAAGAUGGUGCUGUUAAGUGUAAUGUCCAUUGUUUACCUGAUUGUGGUAGAAAUCUUCUUCAUCACAGUGUUUGACAACAGGGAUGUUCUAGUCCGAGCCAAUGUUGGGAGAACCUUAAAUGAGGAAGGUUCCUCCAUUGACUUGAAGUGGGAGACCAUUGUUCUGUUUAUUGUGUUGACAAUUAUCCUGUCCAUUCAUGCUCAACAAGUGGAAUCAACUGCCCGAUUAGACUUUCUGUGGAAAAUUCAGGCAACUGAGGAAAAGGAAGAGAUGGAGAGUUUACGAGCUUAUAACCUGCGACUACUAGCUAAUAUUCUACCCCUUAAUGUGGCAGAACAUUUCCUUAAAACUCAGUUCAAAAAGGAUGAGGAGAUGUAUUAUCAGGACUGCGACAAUGCCUGUAUCAUGUUCGCAUCAAUCUCCAAUUUCUCCGAAUUCUACAUGGAACUGGAAGCUAAUAAUGAGGGAGUCGAGUGCCUUCGUUUGCUGAAUGAAAUCAUUGCUGAUUAUGAUGAGAUUCUUGGACAGGAGAGAUUCCGAUGUAUAGAAAAGAUCAAAACCAUAGGAUAUACCUACAUGGGAGCUUCAGGUCUGACCCCUGAGACAAACUACUCGGACAUGAGUCAUGUGGUAGCCAUGGCAGAGUUUGCCUUCUCCAUUAAAGAUCUGCUUCAAAAUGUCAACCAACACUCAUUUAAUAACUUUAAGAUGAGAGUAGGUAUGAAUGUGGGUCCUGUAGUGGCGGGGGUCAUUGGAGCACGGAAACCUCAUUAUGAUAUCUGGGGCAACAGUGUGAACGUGGCCAGCAGGAUGGACAGUACAGGAGUACCAGAUUAUAUACAGGUGACCAGUGAGGUCUAUAACAUUCUAUCUGUCAAAGGUUACACCCUUCAGUGUAGAGGAAUGGUCAAGGUCAAAGGUAAAGGGGACAUGCUGACCUACUUUUUGACAGGGCGACCUCAACCACCACUAACUUCAAUUCAGGAAACUGUUUCACAGACUAAAUUAAACAAUGAAAGGUCAUAGGGUUAACAGAAUAUGUUUUAGUGUAAAAAUUCAUUCAUUCAUUUCUCUACAAGAAAACGGGGACAAAGAAU